UUCCAAGGCAGAGAGGGCUGGAGAGGGCCUCUAACAGGUGUCUUUUAGAGGCGCCACUUCUAUUCACAAUGACAAGCAUAGAGGCAUUUAACUUUGAACUAGUAAAGCAGUACUUAAUAGACAAAGGAGGCAAAGUUACAAACCCGGAACUCGUGAAACACUUCAGGCAUUACCUGAACGACCCUGUUCACAAAGAUAGCAUCCGACGGAAGUUCAAGGACUUCAUCAAUAGGCUCGCGUGUGUGAAAGAAGAAAAUGGAACCAAAUUUCUCAUACUUCGCAAUGAGUACCUUGAAGAACUUCAUAACAGCAGGCAUGACCUGUCACUUCCAUCGUACCCAUCUAUAGAAGAAACCGACAAUUGUAGUGGAUUAAUGUCUCAGGACCAACCUAGAGAGUACUCAUCACCUCCACCAGGCCACACUGCGCAGCAACCACAAUGGAGGCAUUACUCUCCGGACUGUCCGAGAGCUGCAAGUGAAUACCCUCCUCGUUCUCCGAUCGGUGUUAGCCGUAUCCACUCAAGCCCCUGCCUGUUAGUUGACGACAACUGCUAUGAAGAUGUUCCACCUCCGUUACCGCAAAAAAAACACUCUAUUGGUGGAAGCCCAAAAAGGCCUGACAUGCCCCUGCCACCUCCAAGGGGCCGAAAAAAUCAUGGCCGUCGCGGUUCGCAAGUGGAGGAAAGAGUACGGCAAUUCAGCGUCGAGAAGGAGCUUGAGGGAAACGCAGGCGUGAAAAAAGAGAGCAUCCAGGACGUUGCAGUGAGCCCCGGAACGGUCAAAGAAAAGACCCAGAUAAUCAAUCGCAUGGCCGAAAACUGCGGCGUCCCUGGAAAACCGGCCCUACCAUCCGGUGCCGUGGGGAACACGGCCUGCAAACGACGGGAUGGGCCCGGAGCACGCGCUGCGCCUGAUGAUGACACCACGUCAGUAAACACGUUGGACCCUCGUCGACGAGAGUGGCUGCUCAGGGCGUCGCAGACAGACUACCACUCGCUUGUGCGACUUCUUCGUGAGGACCCCGACCUCUACCGUUUCGAGGACUUCACAUCGGGCGUGAGUACACCUGCCUCUUUCUGCCAUGCUAAAGAAGUAUCCGUCGCGUUUGCGUUGCUUGCCAAUGUGACGAGGGGCGAACUCCGCACUGCACUUCACUGGGCCGCCAAAUUCGGAAGUGCCGAAAUAGUAAAGCUCGUGGCCGGCUCCUACGGAUUGAACCCAAACGUGAAGUCGAAUGAUAAGAUGCGGGCGCGGCACAGGGCGACGGAGAUGAGGGUAAUGAGCAAAGAGGAAUGCACAGCAGUAGGAGUCAAGAAGCCCGAGGAACUAGAAAUAUAA